AAAACUGACAGACCUUUCUACAUGGUCCGAAAAAUAUCCCAUUGACUGUCCAUCCCGGGGCUCACACAGGAAGUUGUAGCUGCCAUGUUCGGCUGCUUUGUUGUAGACUCCUACCAGGUUUCCUGCAGAUUUUAGCUCAAGUGUUGCCAUGGAACCGAGCUGGAGUACGUUUUUAUUUCAGCAAGCCAAUGAGGCUUUGCAUCACCAGCACCAAGUAGCCGGGAACAGCCUCUUGCCUUUGCUAAAUUCUGGUACGGAGCCACCAGAUCAAAAACCAGUGCUGCCCAUCCCCUUAGAUCAGAAACCCCCCGUCAGUGCUGCAGAACUCCUAAAAGACAAUGUGGCCAGUGGGACUGGUGGAGGCGGUGGUGGGCAUCCUGUUGCCGUGGUCAAAAAAGAGCCUAAAUCUAAAACACCUUUCAUCUGUGGCUACUGCAACAAAGCUUUCCGAGACAGCUAUCACCUAAGACGGCACGAGUCUUGCCACACAGGUAUAAAGAUGGUCUCACGGCCUAAGAAAACUCAAACAGCCCCCACCAUGGUUCCUCUCAUAUCCACGGUACCCCGGGAGGUCAGUGGAAACACAUCAUAUAUCACUACGGUUGCUGGCAUCUUGACAACAGCCACCACAUCGACAUCUUCAGGUACCGGCGUCAUGACCCCGAUGCAACAUCAACAGCAGCAGCAGCAGCAGAACUUCCCUAAGAAACCCCCCAAGCCAGUGAAAAAGAACCAUGGCUGUGACAUGUGUGGUAAAGCCUUCAGAGAUGUUUAUCACCUCAAUCGCCACAAGCUGUCGCACUCAGAUGAGAAGCCAUUUGAGUGUCCCAUCUGCCAACAGAGGUUCAAGAGGAAGGACCGCAUGACCUACCACGUACGCUCUCACGACGGUGGCGUUCACAAGCCUUACAUCUGUUCUGUGUGUGGGAAAGGUUUCUCCAGACCUGAUCACCUUAGCUGUCAUGUCAAGCAUGUACAUUCCUCAGAGAGGCCAUUCAAGUGCCAAGUAACGGCCUGUACCUCUGCUUUCGCUACCAAAGACCGCCUGCGCUCCCAUAUGAUCAGGCAUGAAGGCAAAGUGACCUGCAGCAUCUGCGGCAAAAUGCUAAGUGCUGCCUACAUCACAAGUCACCUCAAGACUCAUGGGCAGGCCAACUUUAACAACCCAUGUAACAACAAAGGCAUAAGUGACUGGCAGUGGAACCACUCAGGGCCACGAAAAGGUGAGUUGACAGUAGGAGAGAUUUUAAAUAACUCCUUCCAAGUCCUAAUUGACAACUGUCUCAAAGAUGCCAACAACGUGCAGAACAACUCAAACACCGCCACGCCGGUCACCAACUCUGCACCCAUCACUUCAGCUGUGAACCGCCUCGGCAACGCCAGCAACCCCGUCACCAUCGCCGCCCAGAUGAACAUCGCCACCAGCACCGUCAACAUCACGGCUCCCGUCAACCUGCAGCACCCCGUCACCAUCACCGGCCCCGUGAACCUGGCCUCCGUCAACAUCCCCACGACGGCUCACAUGAAUAUCGCCCAUCCAGUUGCCAUCACCACCCCCAUGCCCAUGAACAUCACCGGGCCACUCAACAUCGCCAUGCGGCCCAUGGAGAGCAUGCCUUUUCUAUCCCAAGUCCUGCCUUCCUCCCCUCCCUGGUAGAGCAGCAGUAACAGCAGAUAAUGUUUCAACUGCCUAAUAAUAAGAGAAUCUGUCCGAUCCUCCUCUGAACGGGCCUGGUGUAACAGAACCAGCUAGUUUUUACUUUCAUAGGAGAACAAAAAAAAAAAAGAAAGAUAGUUUUUACCUUUUUGUAGUUGUCAUUGCAUGAUCACGUAUGAAGCUGUAGUCAUGUGAUAAGAUGCUUCUUUCAUAGGGUGAGUCAGAGGAAUAUCAAAUAUGUUUACAUAGGUUUUUUUGUUCUGUAAUUUAAUUGAGUUUCUUCUUCUUUUUUUUCUGUAGUAAACUUCACUUCAGUUCAUAAUUGAGCCAUAAAGUAGACACUGAAUUCACGAUCUGUUUACAAAGUAAAUUACCUACGUAGGAGGUUUCUCGGUUGAAUUCUCGUUUAGGAUGAGAUUCUGUUUACUCAGAAAAUUCACACAAUUUUAUACCAAAGAUUUUAAAAAACUUUUGCUAAAUUUUUACAUUUAGUGUCCAUUU